UCGCAUCUUCAAGGAUGGAGGGAUGGCUCUCCGGUAGGAGCGGCUGUGUUAUGUUUCCGUAACGUGUUCCAUAAUUAAUGCGUGGAGACAGUUAUUUCAUCCGCUUUUAACGCUCGUCAGAUAGUUGAAUGAGGCGACCGACAGAGCUUGCGUGUGGUGAGAAAAGCCGCUCGACAGAAACGCGACCGCAAGUGUUUAUUCACUGAAGCGUAAACAAACCAAAACAGCUGCCGCCGUGUUGUGUUCUUUGAAAGUGGGUCCACUGGAUCUCAUUCAUUUGCGAGUGUCAUGCGAGCGUUGGCCAGGAGCUAGGCGAUGGACCUCAAGGCAAUCCUGAGAGAAACUGUCGGCGUUCGACCGAGUCACGUAAGAACUGUCGGAGCCGAUAGAGCAACUUGCCUCGUGCACAAGGAAUGGCUAAACCUUCUGGUGAAGGGGAAGACGGUGCCACGCUCGUUCGUGCACCAGGAUGACCUGACUGACGUAGAAUGCGAGAUUCUGGUGCACGAGACUCCUCCAACCAUGGCCAAAGACUUUGCCUUCAUUACCGUGAUCAGAAUCGUCAAGAUGGACAACAGAUAUGUGUCUCUUCGCUUGAAAGAGCCCUGGAGUCGGUCACAUGACAUGGGUUACUUGGAGCUCAUCCGGUACGUCUCGGAGACCAACUAUCGCAACAUCUGGAAGGAGGCGAACAGUUCCAGCUCCAAGACCGCCGACAAAGAGAAUGAAAACUUUGUCAAGCUCAAACCGUUCAAGGAUUACAACAGUGCCGUUCGGGAAAUCAUCAGUCGUCUCUAUGCCUGUCCAAUAAUAUGUGUCGAAGGGGGGGAACAACAUGAAAAUCCGGAAGGGGCCGAGCCAGCUCCUCUGCACCCGCACCUCGUUCCCGCUUACUGUGCCCUCGAGACGGCAUCUGAGUUCCUCCUGUUCCUGGAGUUCCGGCAGCACACUGUCGAGCACUGUGGCAUGUUCAGCGCAUCCGCGCUCGUCGGCUCGCGGCUGCUCUUUGUGGUGUAUCAGUUGCUGCGAGUGUUGCGCUACGUCCACGAUCUAGGCCUGCCCCUUGGACCAUUGACGCUCGCGGACUUGAGUCUGGACCACCGCUUCUGGCUGCAAGCGACGCCGCCCUGGUGGCUGGCGCUGCAAGCUGACUCGUGGGUAGAGUCUUCACUGACCGGCCAGCUGCCCGCCAUGAGGAGCUCGGGCUCACGCCGGGUGUCUCGCAUUACGCCCUCGGUGUGCGUCCAAGAGGAAGAGAAGGUCGAGCCCCUCCCACCACUCAACAAGCUCGUCGACAUGUGGGUCCGGGGCAAGCUUAGUAACUUUGACUACCUCAUGGCACUCAACCAGUUGUGUGGCCGGACUGGUGUGAAUCCCCAGCACCACCCAGUGCUGCCCUGGGUGCGGGACUUGUCACAACCGGAGGGUGGCUGGCGGGACCUGAGCAAGUCCAAGCUGCGGCUAACGAGGGGCGACGACCAUCUAGAUGCAACCUACGGUUCGGCCAUGCACUCGCAGUCGGCCCAGCCUCAGGGCUACCUUCCCAUAGACAGAGUGGUUCAGGUGCCACAUCAUUUGUCUGAACUGCUUGCGGACAUCACGUACUACGUGUACUUUGCGAGGCGUCUGCCUCGGAGUAUCCUCUGCAAGCAUGUCCGGCACAAGUGGGUUCCUGCCGAAUACCCGGCAUCCAUACAACGGCUGCAGGAGUGGACGGUAGACGAGUGCAUCCCGGAGUUCUUCACUGACCCGUCCAUCUUUGAGUCUAUCCACGAUGACCUGGAAGACCUCGGAGUGCCCAACUGGUGCUCAAGUCCUGAAGACUUUGUACGGAAACACAUGGCCAUGCUUGAAAGCGAGCGUGUCUCCGAGCACCUUCAUCACUGGAUUGACAUCACUUUCGGCUACAAGCUUACGGGACAGGCAGCCAUUAAAAGCAAGAACGUGUGCCGGCCCCUGGUGGACGGCCACACAACGCUGCACAGCUGCGGCAUGGUCCAGCUCUUCACAACACCGCACCCGCACCGGGCGGCGUCCAGCCUCUAUCUGUCGCGCUGCUCCGCACCCAAGACAUUUCGUUUCCAGCAUAGCAGCACCGCCACAGCACUGGGGUCUCCCCAAACACGGGCACUGUCAAGUUCGGUGUCGUCCCGACGGAAGAGCCGGCAGGAGGCUGUUGACAAGGAGCUCAGUCUUCCAGAUGCCAAGGAAGGGGGUGAUGAAGAUGCUACGGCCGAAGCGGGCCAGGGCAAACGGAAGCCAUCGACGCUUGUCAAGUCGAGGUCAGUCGGCCAGCAGUUGGCUUCGACCACAGGCAGUUCCGUUCCGGCUGAGACGCAGGUAAUCGUCCUCCCCAAGGACUACUCGCCUCUGUCCAAGCUGCAGCAGCUGGAGUCUUUGUGCAACUUCUGCCUGCACCACCCUCCCCACAGCCUGCCUCCCUCCAUCAGUCUUGCCUCAGGCACUCAGUCGGGCAACGACGAACAAGACGGGAGCUUUCCUAGACGUCGCAGCCAGACCUCGCAUGCCGCCGACAUGUACCUGCUGGGCUGCCUGCUUGUCGAAAUGUCUAUUUUCUCGCCAACUUCACCACAUUCCUCGAGAGAUCUUGCCGAGCGGUACACCCACGCUCUGCAGGUGCUCAAGAUCCAGCCCUCGAAGCUGCCUAGGUCUCUUCACAAUGCGGUCCAAGUUCUGCUCCAGACGGAGAAACCGGUCCCCAUUCCGGCGAUCAAGGGAAAGGAGCCAGCAAUCGGUCGUGUCGAGUGGCGUUACCCCUGCGUCUGCGACGGCGGGUUGCCUCCUCCGUCUGCUCACCAGCUACUUCAGCCGUUGCUGUCGACCGUCCCGUUUCCGACCUACUAUCCAGCUCUCUACGACUUCCUCACCAAGCUGGAUGCGCAGCCGACAGCGCCUGAAAAGGUGUACUUCGUGGCCCGCGAGCUGCCCCCGCUACUCACUCAGCUGAGCCAGGUCGAUCUUGACCUCGUCAUGAACCACCUGAGUGAUCUCUUCUCGAGCCCUGACUCCUCUCUGCUGGCUGUGUGGCAGUUGUUUGACCUUGUGGGGCUUGCCCUGGGGCCAAAGGUGCUGGCCGAACGCCUCCUGACCGUGCUCAUCAACCUUCUCUCCACUGACCAGCCGACUGUGCGGCACUUCCGGCUUUUCCACCGCUCGUUCUUGCUCAAGUUGCAGGUACGUCUUGGAAUGCGAACCUUCCUGCACUGUUUUAUCACACUUCUGGUCGAAGCCGUGGGAGGUUAUCGCGACAACAGUGCACCCCAGAUAGUAGAUCCUGAGAAUCCGAGUGCGGCCGUUCGAAAAGGAUCACAUCUGGACAGCGCGGAACUCGACCCACUCCGCCCGUCCGGUGCGACCGCAUCGCGAGAGGCAUCGCCGAUGCGUACCGGCCAUCGAAGUUCUUCUUCUGAGCGGGACAUGCCGUCUGCUUCUCCAGAGCCGGCCACAUUCGGGGAGCCAGAGAUGUUCGAGCUCGAUCAAGACCAGGAAGUGGAGCAGUCUGCUUCGUAUUCGUACGAGAGAAAGGACACAACGUUUCCCGAAAUUAUGACUUGGCCACCUUCGGCUGAAAAGGAAGAACAAACCACUGGGAAUCCACCCGACCGGCUGGAAUCUGAAGGGCCUGACUCAUCACCGCAGAUAUCGUCAAUCCCUGUUAUACCAGUGACUGAGACGUAUGAGGUGACUCCCCCGGAAGCGGCUGACAGCGGUGGCUGCAGCCUCAGUGACAUAGCCUCGGAGAGUGUCGUGUGGCUCGCGCAUCGGCUGGGCCCAGUUCUGACGGCCAAGCACCUCAGUAGGAACCUACUGCGCAUGCUGACGCUCUGCUACAUGGGGCCCCAGCAACUGAGCCCAGCCAAGGGAGCGCUGCUCGAGGGCGAUGUGAGCCUUUUCGAACAAGGUGUAGUUGGCGACCAGACUGCCGCAAAGGUUCUGGAAACGCUCUCCAACUUGGCGAUGCUUUACGGGGAGAGUUUCAUUACACGCCAGUACCUGCCCCAUGCUGUUGAGCUGUUGUGCAUGUGCAAGAGACACCUGACUGACAACCUAGAAGCCGGUCUCAUCGGAGCUGUAACAAUGGUCAAGCACGUGCUCCCGUUCCUGUCCGACACGACGCUCAUGAGUCAACUUCAGGAAGUGGUGCUGAAGAACAUACUGUACCCCCUGGUGCAACUGGCCUCGUCUCUCCAGCACUGCUUUCCGCGAGGUGUAGUCAGCCGCCAGGUCCUGACGCGAAAGAUAGCUGACACGCUGUACCUCGUCGGCCUGCGCAUCGGCUUCCAGAUGUCCCGACGGCAUCUGUCAGUGCUCCUGCGCCGCUUUUUUGCGUCCUUCAACCGCGCCUUCCCACCAGCGGGUGGGGUGUCAUCAGUGCAGAGCCUGACACAGGUCCCUGCGCCUAGUGACAAAGCUGUUGCAUUGGCUCAUCGUCGUAGGUUGCACCAUUCAAUAAUGCUUUCCAUGGAAGUGGUGCUGAAGAACAUACUGUACCCCCUGGUGCAACUGGCCUCGUCUCUCCAGCACUGCUUUCCGCGAGGUGUCGUCAGCCGCCAGGUCCUGACGCGAAAGAUAGCUGACACGCUGUACCUCGUCGGCCUGCGCAUCGGCUUCCAGAUGUCCCGACGGCAUCUGUCAGUGCUUCUGCGACGCUUUUUUGCGUCCUUCAACCGCGCCUUCCCACCAGCGGGUGGGGUGUCAGCAGUGCAGAGCCUGACACAGGUUCCUGCGCCUAGUGACAAAGAAGAGCUGCUGUCCCGAUCGUUUGAGGAUUAUCUCCCCAUCAAGCGGGAGGCCGGUGGCCAGGAAUUGAAGAUCGGCACUCCAGUCAAGUUGUCGUCCGUGCUCCGGUGCCGAGGUUCGCCGCCCUACCCCCUCACACCUCCCCACGAUGAACGAGAAGGGGACGAACGCAACAUACCAGAGCGUGCCCUCGAGGAGGUUAAGCAGGUGUUCACUGCAGAGCUUGCUUUUAUGACCUUCAUUCCACUGUGCAAACUGGCUGGCGGUAUUUACAUGGAGCAGACACUGACCAACCACGAGUUGAUCCUGGAGCUGUGUGCCGCUCACGACUCGGCUCUUGCCAUGAGUGAAUCUGGAGCCGAUGCAGGAAGUGGUCCCCGGAAAUUUAGAAAGGGCCACUACCGAAUGCCCUCUGCAGGUCAAGAAGAAGCCAUUGUGAGCGGGGAGUUUGGAAAAAAUGUGGCCAUGGUUGGAAACCGAAUCGAUGUACAGCUUGGCGAGGAGAGCCACCUGGUGACGGCUGGUGAGCUUCCAGACGCGGCGCCCAAAUACGACAUCAACUUGCUGAUGAGAAAAAUGACCAAUGGCCAGCGCCACCUGAAGGGCAGCUGGCUGGCCUAUUGGGAGCACGAGAUUGGUGUCAGCCUCGUCAAGGACAGCCACUUCGACUUCAAGCAGAUCCGGCUGCAGACUUUCGCCGGUCACACGGGCAGCGUGCGGUCCCUCGAAGUCCUCGAGAAUGAGAACUCAUUCCUGUCGGGCAGUCGUGACCGAACGGUGAAGCUGUGGUCGCUUCGCAGCUGCGGUGACGGUUCGACGGUCGUGGCACCCCAGUGGACCUAUCCGCACCACCGCAAGUCGAUUGCCUCGAUCGCCUUCCUACCAUCGCUCAGGCUGGUGGGAUCCAGCGACCAUGGUGUGCAUAUCUGGGAUCCCUUCAUGGGGUCGUGUUUGAAGCAGUUCGACACCAGCAAGACGCAGCCGGUCACGGUGUUGCUCGCCAUGCCAUCUCCGAGCACAACAUUCCUCGCUGCCACAUCAAAUUCAACUGUUCGUUUCCUGGAUGCCCGCGCCAUGCGCUACACGCACGAGCUGAGGGUCUCGCUUGGCUCUGCCGGUGUCAUCCGAUCCCUGGCCGUCAGUCCUAGCGGGAACUGGUUGGCAGUGGGGCACAGCUCUGGAGUGCUGUCGGUCCUGGACGUCAGGACCGGUUUCAUGCUGGGCUCUUGGGUGGCCCACGACGGUGAAAUCCUACAGACCAAGGCUUUCAAUGAUGCAUAUUUCAUUUCGUCAUCGCUGGACCACUCUAUUUCAGUCUGGAAUGCUGUGGAUACAAAGUUGCACCACAACUUGAAGGGAGCAACAGAGCCUGUAACUUGUCUAGGCAUUCACAAUGCCGGCAUUGUGUCAGGGACCACUGCCAAUAAGAUCAAUGUGCACACAACCAUUGAUGAAAAGGCUGCCUUCACGAGCACAAAACUUCGGUCGGAAACAUUCCGUGGUGUCAUCGCUUCGAUGGCUGUCUUGCCUCUGAAUCGCCUUUUACUACUUGGUGCUGACAAUGGCAGCAUCUCCCUGCUCUGCUGAUGUGACUUUAUGCUGGCUUUGUUUUAGCAGGCAGGACUACCAUGAUGUGCCCAUGCUUGCAUUUUUCAUUGGAGGGGUCUUCUGUCCCGCAUUGAAAUCGGUCGAGAGAUGACGACGUGCGUCUGCGAUCAAUGCGUUCAUAGCCUUGUUUUUUUUUUUUUUUUUAGAUGUUCUUGCCCAGAUGCUCCACACUGCGUUAGGAACCAAGGGAGCUGGCCUCAUGCUCCCAUGCCUUUUACAGUCAUUGCUAGAGUGUGAACAACUCUCCAAGCUCACUGAUGCUGUUUCCGUGCUCGCUUCCUUUGUGACAUGCGAGGAAAGCUGACGUAAUUUUAACCAUACCAACACAGAACGACUGAGCAUACAGGGCUAUUGGUGACCGUCUAGGGACCAGGUUCGCAUACCCAUAAAAUGCUUUGUUGCAUCAUUGUCACAUCAUCAGCAUUUGCAAUGAGAAGACAUUUUGCUUGACAUGCUCUCCUCAGAAAUAGGAUGACUGGCAGAGCUAGUAGCAUUACCAAUAUCAUGGGUGCGUCAUUUGUAAGGAGAACCUGACAAUUAAAUGCCAUCUGAUGACAGUUGCCAAUACUUUGGCAGUGACGUGGCAUCGCGAUCGACGGCUGUGAGAAACAGGACUAAGUGACGCCCUAGUUUCCACACCCUAGUGAUCGCAUAGCCUCUUGAAGCAUACAACUUACUGUGGUGUGGAUUCCUGGUGUUGAUGUCGUGUUACGUCCCUUUUAGUGUCAAUCGGCCGUCACCAAGGAAUCAUUGUGUAAAUCUUGAUGACAGUGGUGGUAGUAGUUCCAUUUUCUGUGUACUUUCUAUUGUCUGGUGAAAUGUUUACAUUUUCGUUACGAGUGCUCUGCCUAGGUGCUAAUUGUGAUAGUCUGCCAAGUUGUCCGGUCACUUGGAACCAAAAAAAAAAAAAAAUUCAUCCACUGGGGUCGAUGACUUCAUGUAGAGCCACGGUGUGUACUUCAUUGUGGAAUUGACAAUAGGUGCCAUUGGCUCGACACACCAAACAGCGUAUUAGUACUUUUUUGGUACUAGCGAUCUCUUGGCAAGAUUGCAUUAAUGUAUUGGAAAUAACUGUGAUCCCAUAAAAGGCUUGCCAUUGUUUCACAAUUGGUUAGUGGUUCGGUGCUUCGCAAUACUUAUAGCAUGAUUUUGCAUGGAAUUUAGCAAAGUGUUGUGAAUACUACACAAUUCCUACAGUUUCAUCUAUUUCUGCAGAACGUAGACUUAAGAUUCUACAUUUGUGUAACUUACGGCGUGUAGAUUGUGGCUUUUAUAUGCAAAAAUUCAUUCCUUCUGAGGGCAUUUUUUUCUAUCAUAGAGUUUCUACCAGAUUUAUUUUGUUAUUUUUUAAACACCCUUUUGUCCUUUUUGUGUCAGAGGCUGUUUAUUUGUGAUAUAGUUUCUUAAAUUUGUAAUUUAUUAGCCUAGUUAUUGACUUCAUGAGUACUUAUCUCCGAGUGUUAAUAGGUUUCUGCCGCUAAAAAUUGUUUGCACCAAAGAUAUGCAGUAUUUAUUUUUGUCAUGUUUCUUCCAGUCUUUCAAAAUAUUCUUGGUGAUACCUUAGAGGAUGUGAUCAAUUUCUUUUGCUUUCCUAUACUUCGAGCUUACUUGAAAUAAAGUGUACAUAGAUUAAAAGCAACUAUGGAAAA